AUGUCCAAUGCCAAGACGUUGAAUUAUGCUCAGCAACUUUGCGAUUUUUUGAUACUGCAUCCUUUAGAAAAGGUUACGUUUGAUGAAAGAAAUAAAACUUCAGACCAAGCAGCUGAUUUCAGCCUACUUUAUUGGAGUUUAGCAUGUAAUAACUUUUAUUCAGUUGUUGAGUUUUUUAGCAAAUUUCAUGAACUGGAUAGGUGUAAAGUUCACAGUAUAAAUUUCGCUCAGAAAUUAAUUGAAUGUAGGGAGUCAGACCAAUUUUUAUUAAACAUCUGCCUCUCAAAGCUGGCUUGCUCUCAUGCUGAAAAAACUAUUUAUAAGUACAAGUUUUUUCAGAUUCUUUCUGAAUUCACCUUACCCUUCAUGGAUGAGUAUGAAAAGUUUCGAGCACUUUUGGCGUCUUUGAGUCUCUUGUGCGUUUUCUUUCAACAUCAACCAACUGCAAAACCUCUGAUGGAACAGUGCCUCAACAUAUUGCACUAUAAAAAUAUUUUAGAGAAAUUAUUCAAAAGUUUGAUGACUCAUGCCCUCAAAAGUUCAAAGACCAUAAACCAGUUAGCUGGAUUUGUCGGAGAGGUUGAAUCUUUAGUAAAUAAAAGCAAUGUAAAUCGACAUUCAGCUCUUGAAACUUUAGUUUGGGCGAUUUCUUUGAUUGACAAGACUUUAAUGCAACGAUAUGUCAAAAAAGAUUGUCUAACUCUACUGAAAAGAUUGAAAAUUAGGUUACUUAAUAAAGCACUACCUAAGACUCAUCAAUUUUAUCAGAAGAUAGCUGAGUUGGACAUUGUGAAAGAUAAAACGAAGAAUCAUAACAGUGCAAAGAAAAACCAAAAUAAUGAUGGUGAUAACAUGGUUGUUGUUGAUGAUGAUGAGUACAUCACUUAUUUUCAAAUAUUAGAUUGUUUCAUUAGACAAAGAAAAAUAAACGACAAUAAGUUUAAGGGUGAUGGCGAUGAUGAAGAUGAUAUAGGUCGUGGUGAUAAUGCAGAUAAGGAGGAUGAUAACAAGGAGGAAUUUGUAUUGUUUGGAGCUAAAGAGCUACUUCUUUUCUUUAAAUGUGCACUCAACAACAUCAAGUCUUCUAAGAAUGCUCAAGUUGUUUCGUCAUCUAUUGUUCUUGUAAAAGAAAUCGUCAGUGGAUUUAGAGAUGGAAGUACAGUUUUAGAGCAGUCUCUUCAAAAAGAAGACAACCAACAUGAUAAUACAUUUAUGGGAUUAAACCCUGACAAAUAUUUAAUGACGGCCUGGGAAAUUACAACAGCAAAACUUAAAAUAGAAAUUGCCAAUAGAAGAAAGCUCAAUUCGAGUUUUUCCAUACUACCUUCAUCAAAAGCAGAAAAAAAACAUGUUCACCAACAAUUUUCAAAAGACCAGAAUCAAAAGAAUAAUAAUGCGGUAGAUCUGAUUGACUUGGGUGGUUUGCUGCUGUGUGUGCUGCCUCAAGAUCUGUUGGAUGUCGCAUUGAAGGAAAUUUUUGAAUCUUUAAUUUUGAUAUCGAUCACAACUUUGUUACAAAAUUGUACAGAAGCAGCCCUGAAUACUCUAAUGUUGAACACAUUAACCACUUAUAUUGCACAGGGACAGGAUUUCCUAACAAAUCAAGAUGUUUCUCUGCUUUUUCAUGCGACAUCUACAGUCGAUCUUGAGUUGUAUCCAACAAAGCUUACUACUGAGAUCAAUGUCGUUGAGCACAUAUCGAAUUUUCUUGAUUUGUUCAAGGCCUAUCAUUCCGUUCUCAAUGCACUUUUGUCUCAUCAUACGACUUCUGUUUAUUCUAUGAUCCCUAAUUUCAUGUAUGGAGUCAAAAAGCACAAAUUAAAUUUCAACAAAGUUGUUCAUUAUGUUGUUGCCGAGUUUGUAGAUUGCUUGCAAAGAGUCGUUCUCUACCCUAGCAUUAAGGCUUUGUUGCAAGCUAUCUACAGAUGGUUGGAUAUGUGCAACGAGUACACUACAGCACAGUUACACAGUACAUUAUCUCCCGGUGCAAGGGAAAUCUUCAAAUCCCUUUACGGUGACUACCAAAAUUAUCACAAGUUAAAAGGAAAAAAUUAA